GCUCCGAUUAGUGUUGAGUUGUGAGUUGUGGAAGACGGUCAGCAGCAGAGGAAUAUCGCGGAGCAAGCGUUGGACUCAUACCGAUUACUGUCUCGUCGUCGUCGUCGCCUUCUAGAUUAUUGGAAGAAACGCGUACGCGGUGCAUUUUUUACGGUUUUUGGAUUGGUUUUGUCGUCGUGUCGCGUGUGAUUUUAGUGAACUGGAGAACAAUUAGGUUUGGAAGUGCUUUACAUUCGUGAUUUGCAACAUUUUAGUGACGAAAAUUGGGGGAUUAGUGUGAAAACAGGUGAAGAAUCUAUACAGAAUCUGUCCAGUUCUUGGAGGUUAUACGAGUUGGAUCACUGGAAGAGAAGUGUGUGUUCAAAGGUGGAACGAUUAUUGUGCUCUUGUUCGUGAAGAGUAGGCUCUGAGUUAUGUACACAUCUGAAGAAUAAUAGUGAAGAGUCAGAGUUUCCGUUCCGAAGAGUAGCCUGUGCGAAGUGUUGGUGUGCAGACGGGCGAGUGUGCGUUAAUCGUAGUAGGCAGGCAGUGCAAAACAUUCUUAAAUCUUGCCUUCCGCUUUCGUCUUGCGCGAGUUCGCUAUCUUGUGUGAAGAAUUCCAGCUUCGAGUUGCGAAGGUCUCCUGCGGAGAGUGGCGAAGAAUCUUCAACCGACAACUACAAUAACUACUACAACAGCUGCGUUCAUCAGCGCGAUAAUCAUCGACCAGCAGCAAUCAGCAAUUGAAUAUUUUCUCUAACGAAAAUGUUCAUUUUGUAAGCAACCGAGGGGUGCGAUUGACCCCUAAAAUCCCAAGCCAAACCGACCCGGGACUCCAUCGAAAAACGGACGCAAAAUGCCGGUUUUCGCGAACUGCCAGCAGUUCGGAGAGCACCAAGGAUUCCACCACUUCUUACUUCGAUAAGAAGCCGGACCAGGAGACCUGAACGGAGACCGAAACGGAGAAGCUUCCCAGAAGCAGACCACGACCACUGGCUAUCCCCACACGGAAUCGAGCAAACGGAACGAAACCGCAACGAACAGACUGAGCAAUCGCCAUGAAACCACCAACAACGGGAGAGGACACCACCGCGCCGACGCCGGUCAAGCCAGAGGCUUCGACCUCCGGCGGCACUGGCAGCGGAAUGGUGGCGUCUACAUCGACACAAACACAGACACAACCAACACAACAAACAACCGGUGGCGGAGGCGGAAACAGCAACAGCGCCUCGAGUAUGGCCUUCGGAACGGUCAAAUACAGGAUCAAACCGCCAUCGGCGGCAAACGCAAUGUCCUCGACGGCCACCGGAUCCAACAGCGCGGGGUGCUUCAUCAAGCCUUCGCUGUCGCUCAACUCGCUGCCACCGCAGGCGCCACCCGAGGGAUCGGAGAUGGCACAGAAUAGACUGAGAAUCGAUCGGCCAUACAAUAGCUUAAAGAAAAAGCGUGACUCGGAGCGCGAACUGUGGCGACGGUCGUGGGGCAGCGGGCAUAGCCACAGCUCAUGCAGCUUGCAAAGCAGCAUCACGACCGGCAUCGGCAAGGACGACUUUUGGGCCGCACUGCAGACCAACUACAACUUUAUCAUGGACACGAACCUGCUCGACAGCUGCCGGGAGGCGCGCGGCGAAAUCGAAGGCCCGGUUGUGCACGCCAAGGAGGACCACAUGGACUACUAUCGGAGGGCCAUGUACAAACCUUCUCCGAUGCAAACGUUCUACGGCGACCCGCGCCUACUGAGACAGUGGAUCAGAGAGAUGGAGAUUCGCAUUUCACGGAUUCCUUCGAUUACGGAGACGAAGAAGCUGAACACCGAGCAGUUGCUGAGGCUCUCUGGAGAACAUUCGGAAAUCUACCGUGAAAUAGAGUCCAACUCGCGUGCCGUCGCAGCCUGUGUACGUGCCUACGAGAAGAAAGCGGCCAAAGCCAGUAGAUUCUCCGGAAACAUCUCCGGUGUGACCAGCGUAGGAUCGUCGAUCCUCAAUACGACCGCUUCCGAACUUGGAGGACCCCCGUCCGGAUCCGGUUCGCUGACGCCCGAAGUCGACGCCCAACCGGGCACAUCCGUUGCUUACUACAGCCACAAGCUUAGCAAUAAAUCCAAGGAGAGUAGUGUCAUCAAAGGGCUCGAGAGACGCUACUACUUGCUGUAUUUGAAGGCGUACGAAAUCCGGUGCCUAUUGGAGGGAUUAUUGGACACCAAAACCUCGAGCUCUGAUAACAACGCUAGUCUUUCGGAUACGGAUGAAGAGCCGGUUAACAAACAGGCACGACUCAGCUCCAGCGUCAAGUCAAAAUCAUCCGGUUCACUGCAGAAUGAGUGUUUGAGUGGCGAAGAAUGGGUUAAAGGCAAGAAGCUCUCCAACGCUGGUUUCGAUGCCGAUUCCGAGGGCAGCGACUGUGAAAUUGUACCGAAAAUUAUCACCUACCACCUCAACUCAGCGACCACGACGGCCACCACAAACACGCCGUCGACCCCUCCUCCAUCCGCCGCAGCCCUACUACUGGCAAGCCAAGUGAACCCUAGAAUGGAAGCAGCGGACAUUCAGAACCUAUCGACGAACACGAUUACCAACGGCAACGGCUCAGCGGCAAAUUCCCCGGCGACGACAACCCUAACGAUCGGAAAGCUGUCCGGCGAGGACAUCAUCGAUGGUAUCCUUCGUGGAGCCACCGCACAGGACCUGAUCAACAACAAUGAGAACAGCAGCAGCAGCAACAACGAAAACUCCAAUCCCUUGCUGAAGAAGUCUCCGAAGUCGCCGAAGCAGAAUGGCAAACAGAAACGGAGCAAAACUAGCGAGGCCAAGUUCAAUCGGUCUACGAGGAAAUCCAAAAACUGUGCCACGUUCUACUUCAAGCACCUGGACACCGACUCGGAACUGAACAAGGACUCCAGCGAACGGACCAAGUCCGAAGAAUCGACCAGCUCAUCGGAAGGGGACGAGUGGGUUUACAACAACGGCGGCGAUGAUGGUCAAGGCGGUCAGGACAGCAGUUCGUCCGGUGGCGAUCAAAGCAAAUCCGCGGCUCAGGUGAUCCCGCUGGGAGACGACGAGGACGAAAAGGAAAACAAACCGGGCGAGGGACGGAAGGAUCACCACAGCAUGGCCAUUGGGAAGGAAGUGAAAUCGAAGCGGAGUUUGGACUUUACGCAGGAAUCGUUGGUCGGCGGUGUUACGUUGAGUACGCGGCCGCUCAUGAUGACCUCGAUCGGCAGCUUCGGGAAGAGUACGGACUCGGUGGACAGCAACGGGAAGAGCGGAUCGUUGCUGUCGGCGAAGCACCAGCAGCAAUAUGCAACGAGUCCGACGAUCCAAAGGUUAGUGCUGCAUGCCGAAACGCUGGUGCGGGACGAAAUCUUCGCAAAGACACCCAAAACUGUCGUGAAAAAUCCGCACUAUCUGCACCACUAUCACCAGCAUCACCAUCAUCACGGUAGUGCCGCCAGUGGUAGCAGUUCCAACAGCCACCAUCAACUCUAUCACCACAAACAGCAACUUCAACAACAACAGCAACAACCGUACCAUCAUCUUUCGUCAACGACGUCGUCAUCGCGCCAUCACCAUCAGGGCACAGUUAACGGCGGCGGCAGCGGUGGCGUCGGCGGAAUUGGAAGUAACAGCAGUCGGAAGGCGGAGAAAGUGAUGAGCAAUCUCAAGAUCAACCGGAUCGAGGAAUGGCUCGAGAAGCAACCGCUGGACGUGGCCGCCACGGCACCCCUCCUGCCCGGUUCGGCCCCCACGACGGAUUGCGAAGCGUCCGGUGAGUACACCGAUUCCGACUCGAUCGCACGCGACACGGACAGCUCGGAGGGUCUCGCCAAUUCCGUUGCCACGUGCCUCCAGGGCGAUCAAACCUCGCAGGAAAUGCUGCUGACCGACAAUGUGUACCCCUCGGAGACUUCGAACGUUUCCAAUGACGAAGUCGAAUCCAAGAACAACUCCAACUCAAACCCUUCGCUGGUGAAGCGGCGGGUGAAUAAAUCCACAGCCGAGCGACCGUGGUCCGUGUCGUGCAUCUCGCAGCUGAACACAUCCGCCGUCGAGAUCAACCAGUACGGGGAGCGACGCGAGACGCAUUCCAACCAACGGCUGACGGCGAGCUUUUCAAUUAGCGAGUCGGCACUGAACACGAUGUCCCCGGUGCGGCCGGGGGCGCUGAAGCAGACGACGAGCAGCGGCAACGGGAGCCAACUGGUAGUCAAGAGCUCGGACAGCAAGGGAUCGCUGAAGAAGCGGAAGCUGCGCGCGAGACGCAAGAAUCGCAUCGACGAGUCCGGUUCGGAUGAAUCGCAACCAGCGCAGCAGUCGUCCACGUUGCACCUUCUUCAGCACUCGUUAAUCCUGCAGCACCAGCAGCAACUGCUCCAGCAGCAGCAACCCUUGAGGGAAAUUCAACUAUCGGCCGGAAGCAGCAGUGGUAGUGGCGGCCGCCACCAGCAUCAUCAGCACCAGUCCAGCAGCCAUCGGGGAGGAGGAGGAGGUGGGCUGCUCAAGUCCGAGUCCUUUUCCGGACGGAUUCGGCUGUCGGACGAUCUGGUCACGAUGUCGUCACUGUCCGGGUCGUCUGGAUCGCGCAAAUCGUCCUCUGCUCGGCAGACGACGAGGUCAACGGCCAUGACGACAAUGAUGGCCACCGGCGCUGUCGUAUCGACGGCGACCAAGAAAUCCGCUCCGGAUAGCGAAGAGGAACAUCUACAGCAGCAGGCCCUGAUGGCGAAGCCAAACUUCAAGAUCGGUUCCGUCACGCGCGCCCGCUGCGGCAGUCUCAAUCUAGGAUCAUUAGCCGCGUUGGCUAAUUAUAAUCUAGAUGGUGUGGAGCGGACUGAGGCGGACCUGAACGGAACCGGAACCGGCACCGAGGAGAUGAGCAGCUUCUCGGAGCAAGCGUGGGACAACUACCAGGAGAAGUACAUGAGCGAACCGUACUCGGAGGACCGGGACACCGAUGCGGCACGGCGUUUGCUGGAUUUCGGGGACGAUUAUCGGAACUUUAUCGAUUCCCAGUCGGACUGUGCGUCGUCGUCGCUUUCGGCGGCCAAUAUGGACUCGAUGUCGCCACCGCGAUUCCGCAAGAACGAUUCGCUGGGCAAGAGUUCCGAGCCGAACACGAACUCGCUGAACCGGCGGAAGCGAUUGGACGAGUACCGGAUGGACGACCGAUACAGUCACAACAUGAACUCGUGGUCCAGCAAGUCGGGCAGUCCGCCGCAUCAUUCGUUGGACAAAACUCUGACCUCCAGCCGGGGCAAGCACCACGUUCUGUACGAAAGUCCGGACCAUUCCCCAAGUGGUAGCAGUGGUGGAGCGCCGACCGGUGCCGGACCUCUCGGUGGAAGUGGUCGCCGUAGGUCCCUCCGCUCGGUGGACAAACACAAUUCCUUCCUGAGGUCGCUGUCCCACGAGACGAGUUCUAGCUCGAACAACGAGUUCGACGAGGACAUGGAGGCGGAGAUGAAGAAGCUGCUGAUCCAGAGCAAAUUGCGGCUGGCCAACACCGAAGCUCUGAAAGCCAAAUCGCACCUGCUGAAGCCGGAGGACUAUGACGAGAUCAUCAAGACGUGCCGGGAGAACGUGCGCUGUCUCGAAACGGUGCUGCUGUCCCAACCGGGUACGGUACUGACGGCGGCCAAGUGCCAAGACUUGCGAGAUACCAUCCACUGCUGGGAGAAGCUGUUGAGCUGGAGCGAACGGCGGCAGAUUACGACCCGGUUCCAGGCAGAGAUCCAAACUCUGAAAGAUGUCCUGGAAGAUCUGGGAAGCAAGGCGUUCGACUUCUCGUCGGAAGCCCACAUACAGUUGGCCAUCGAUCAGCUGAAGAAUGAACGCAAAGUGCUCCAGAACCAGCGCCCGAAGAUGCUGACCCUGAAUGCCACCGUGCACAACUGGGUCUCGGCCCAGGAAUUGCAACGGAAGGAACUGCUGGACGAUUCGACCAUUGACGCCCAAAUGGAGCAGUUGGACCGGGACAAGAACUUUGUCAAAUGCACGGACCAGAAGUGCGGCGCCUGUUACGACUGUCUGAACGAGCUGCGCGAAGAUUGCACCAUCAAUCGGGACCUGAAGGACGGAAUCAGCAUGCUGUACGGUACCUGGGACGAGGCGGAAGUGAGGAUAAGGAACCGCAUCGAGAACCUGUCCAGCUCGAUGACGACCUGGAAGCAGCUGGAGGAUGGGCUGAGCGAUUUCAAAGUCAUCCUCGACCGCGAUCGUGGCAAACUUCAGGGGAUCGAAGGGGCCCUGCAAAGCGGGGCCGGGAGGACUGACGAAAUGGUCAAUAGUGUCAAGGAAGUUGUCAAAGCUCUGUCCGAGAAGGCUGAGCCGCUUUUUCAGGAGCAUGAUAUAUCCAUUCCGGUCAAUCUUAAGCUCUCGUCGAGUGGGUCUCUUUCUGAUAGUGGCAUUUCCGAUGGUGGUGGCAUGUCUGAUGGCAGUCUUUCUGAGCGAGAGAAGCGACUGAGCGCACUGAAGAGGCUUGUCAAGCAGUUGGAGGUGGCCCUCGCUCCGGGAAGUGAAGCCAUGCAGACGAUCACCAAGCGGUUGGAGAUGGCCGAGCAUGAUCUGCGUUCGCUGCAGAACACCUGCCGAAAGAUUAUCAUGAACGAGAAGGGCGGUGAUGCGAGCGGAAGUCAAAAUGGAGAAGAGGGCGUUCAGGGAGAGAAUAGCAACAAUAACGAUGCCAGUGUCAAGAAUAAGAACAAGCCGAAAGGAAGCAAAAAGAAUCGCAACUCCAGCCCAGCAAAAUCGGAUCGGUCCAAGUCCCGGUUCAGUCCAUCCAUGGACGAAACGGACUCGGAAGAAACCCGGCUGCACCAGGAAGAGCAAGUGGAAACUCUCACCCACCAACAGCAACAGAAGCACCAGGACCAUCUGCAGCAUGCCACCCAGUUGGGUCUGAUUCAGACCACCAAAAUGAAGCUGUCCCAGAACCGGUGGGUGUGGCGAAUCACCAAGAUUGCCGUGCCGGUCCAGUUGGCUCUGGUGCUGGUGAUGUGCGCGGCUUGCUUCUUCGAACCGCACUGCUGCGAUGCCCUCAAUACGUACUCGAUGAGUUUUACGCCCCAGUUGCGUUACAUCAAGGGACCUCCUCCGGUGUAAAAUCCGGAUUCGGGGGGUCCACAACAAACUUUUCCUUCGCUGCGGCGUGGGGAAAAUGAAAUUUUGUUUAUUUUUGUUUUUGAUUUUAUGCGGAUAAUUUUUAUAUCCUGGAGAUAUAGUUGUGCAUUACUGCCUAGCAUCUAAGGAACCCACUUUUUAAUCGCAAACCUAUUUAUAUCGCAAUAAGUUCCUUCGUGAAAGGUUAAAUAUUUCAAAAAUAUUUGUACCAUAUCACCGAGGGGGUUCGUUAUUUUGUAGGAAGAGAAGAAACCGGAGUGCUCUUAGAAAGGUAAGCUAUCACUGUUUCUUAUUUCACUAGGUUUAAGUGACAUAAAAGUACGAAAUAGGUGAAACACAAUUUACUUAUCGUACACACUAAAAAUAAAUUGCUGACUUACCUAUAGAAAUAUUUGUGAAAAAAAAAAAUCCGUAAAACCUUAUGAAAUCCAAACACUCAAGUCAGUGAUUUAUUUCUAGUGUGUGUAUCGUCGUCGGGUGUCGAUCACGAUCGGCGUUCAACAAACAUGAUUUGAUCGACACUCGGCGCAACAAGAGAAAGUCGCCAUGCGUGAACGAGUGAAGGGAAUAGCUGCAACACGUAUGUGCCUUCAGCGUAAAGCAAAAAACAGAUUACCAUUUAUUCUUUGGUUUAAGAGAAAUAGAUCAUUGUUUUCAUAUUUUCAUCAGCUAGCUACAAAAUAGCGUUUAUGAACUCAGCAAGCCGAGUCGAUGUUCCUCCAUUAACAUUUAUUUUUGUAAGAGCCAUUUACUUUUACACUUCUCGAAAUUCAAGCAGCAGUUGCUCAAAAACAGCAAACUUUUCGACUGCCUUACUUACUGCGUCUAUUAUAUUCGAUUUGUACUUUUCCAACCAGUUGCAAUAUAUGUUUCGCAUAAAAUUCAGAAAAUAAAACUGUUCUUUUUUUGUACAUUUUCGGGCGUAUCUAAACUAUUUACUAAUCAAAACUGAAUUUCUGUGCAUAGUUGUAUGUCAUAUGCAUCAGCUGUAAAUCUACCAAGAAUUUGAAAACUAUAAAUAUUUUAAACAAAAUAUGUAUAACUAUUUGUAGAAUAUAUCUUUCGUAUUUUUGGAGGGAUAAAAUAUAUAAGGAGAACGCAUUUUUUAGCGCAUCCCUCCGGUAAAUGUACUAUUAGUUAUGUGGAAAAACUUACGGAACGGAGAAAAAAAGCGACGUUCAUUGAAAAUAUAUGUUUAUAUUUUUAAUAAAACAA